AUGAAUUCCCUUCUGUCCCAAGUGUUUCCCUCACACUGUGAACACGUUACAGUGAAGCUGUCGUCCGGCAGCAGCAUCACACUACUUAAAAGUCCAUGUUUCUGUCUUCCUUUAGGUGAGCACCUGCGUGUCUGUCCUCAGGGAUACACCUGCUGCACGUCGGAGAUGGAGGACAAACUCAACCUGCAGAGCAAAGCGGAGUUUGAGAACAUAGUCGAUGAGAGCAGCCGCAACAUGAGGACGACGUUCGUUGCCAGGCAUAAAAAGUUUGACGAGUUUUUCUUGGAGCUCCUGGACAAUUCCGAGAAGUCGCUCAACAGCAUGUUCACGCGGACGUACGGGAAGCUGUAUAUGCAGAACUCCGAGGUCUUCCAGGACCUGUUCACCGAGCUGAAGCGCUACUACACGGGCGGGAACGUCAACCUGGAGGAGAUGCUGAACGACUUCUGGUCCAGGCUGCUGGAGCGCAUGUUCCAGCUCCUCAACUCCCAGUACCACUUCACGGACGACUACCUGGAGUGCGUCAGUAAAUACACGGAUCAGCUAAAGCCCUUCGGGGACGUGCCCAGGAAACUCAAGGCCCUGGUCACCCGGGCCUUCAUCGCAGCACGGACGUUCGUCCAGGGCCUGAUGGUGGGUCGGGAGGUCGCCAGCAGAGUCGCUAAGGUGAACGUCGCUCCAGCGUGUGUCAGAGCUUUAACCAGGAUGCUGUACUGUCCGUACUGCCGCGGCGUGCCUGGGCUGAAACCCUGCCACAACUACUGUCACAACGUCAUGAGAGGCUGUCUCGCCAACCAGGCCGAUCUGGACCCGGAGUGGAACCUUUUCAUUGAUGCCAUGUUACUGGUGGCAAACAGACUGGAGGGACCGUUCAACAUUGAAGCCGUUAUUGAGCCGAUCGACAUCAAGAUCUCUGAGGCCAUCAUGACCAUGCAGGACAACAGCAUGCAAGUGUCAGCCAAGGUUUUUCAAGGAUGUGGCCAACCAAAGCCAGCGGGGAUUGGCAGAUCUGUCCGUGGCAUCUCGGAUGUGUUCAACUCUCGCUUCAGACCCUACACACCUGAAGAGAGGCCAACCACCGCAGCUGGAACAAGCCUGGAUAGACUGAGGGUUGUCUGGAGGACAAUGCAACACAACGUGACUGACAUCAAAGAGAAGCUGAAGGAGUCCAGGAGGUUCUGGUCCAAACUGCCAGAUGACAUCUGCACCAAGGGCAGAUUCACGGAAUCUGAUGAGGAGCAGUGCUGGAACAGCCACGCGAAGGGCAGAUAUUUCCCCGAAGUGGUGAAGGACGGUUUAACCAACCAAGUGAACAACCCAGAGGUGGACGUGGACAUCACGCGGCCCGACACGCUGAUUCGGCAGCAGAUCAUGGCGCUGCGUGUCAUGACCAACAAGCUGAAGAAUGCCUACAACGGAAAUGACAUCUACUUCCAGGACUCCAGUGACGAGGGCAGCAGCUCCGGCAGUGGCAGUGGCUGCUCUGAAGGCUGCACCACGGAGUUCGUUUUUGUCGGAACGGAUGCUCCGGUGAUCGGAGCUGACAGGAGCGUUGAACGCGCAGCGGCAGCCCCCACCGGCAAGUCCUUUUCCCGCGGACCCUCCCUACUGCUGGUGAUGGCCGCCCUCACACUGCCGCUUUGGGCGGCGCAGACUCAAUGGAGAUAAUACACACGUGUGGCCUGAUCACUGACUUUUUUUUAAAUGCUGUUCCAUACAGUAUGUUUAACAGCAAGUUCUAGUGCUGUUCCCCUCACUGGACAUGUAGAACCUCCUGGAAACCCGUGGAGAAUGGCUUACUGUAUCAUAGGACGGGAAGUGAGUGCAGCGCUGCAUCCUGCUCGUCUCCCAAAGAAUGCUUGGUGCCAUCGCUGAACCAGCUUUCACAUCUCUGAGGAAGAAAAAAAAAAAAAGAAAAGAAAAGAAAAGAAAAGAA